AUGUCGCUGUUUGCUGCUGCGAUCGUGGCACUGAAUUUCGUCUUCCUGGCCCAGCAUGUGACCAAGUAUGGCGGGCAAUUGAAAUCCUUGCUGGAGCCAGUCUGGGCCUUCCUCUGGGCCUUCCCCUUGCGGCGCAAAGAUGACCGACCUGCUCGGGCAGAAGUGGAGAAAGCUGUGUGGGAUGUGCGAGCACGCACCUAUCGGCAUGCGAUCCAAUUCUUGAUACAUCAGAAUGCCUUUGUGCUGAUUGGCAUGAGUUACAACCUUUAUCGAGAGCCUUCCUUUACACACGUGGCUCAACUAUGUAUACUGAUGGGUGUUUACCUGCAUGCGGUGUCCUGUGAGAAAAUGAACCUGAACGCGAAGAACCUCCGCUUUCUCUACGUCCUGUUCUACAGCGCCUUCAGCCUCUUCAUUAUCGCGAGUGUUUGGCAGAAGGACACUGAAGCGCGGGCGGUGAGCAAGCAGGUCUUCAACAUGAGCUCUCGCAUGAUCAUGUCGCUGAUUUUCAUCGACACUUGGACGACAGGUCCCGCACAGGUGGUCAUCUCCACCGCGGAGAUUUGGCAAUACUCCGUGCAGCAUGACAUCGCCGAUACCGUCCUAUUUGCCUGGGUCCAAAUCCUGGCAGGGUCGGGGAUCGUCGCGUUUUCCGUCAUCCUGGAGUAUUGGAUCACGUGUCACGUCUCUUCCUUGUUGGACACGGAGUCCAUCUUGUCGAGCUUCCGCCGCAUGCUUCGGGGCGUUUGUGAUGGGGAGGUGUUAUUGGCGGACGAUAUGACGAUCCGCGCGGAUGCGGAGUGUUUAAAGCAUUUGCUGAUGAAUUCGGGCAACUUCAAGGGCAAGAGCUUUGAAAAGCUCUUGCAGCCAGCGGAAGUGACUCGCUUUCGCGACUUUAUGAAACAGUCCCAGCGCGACGCGCUGCAACCGGACGAGCAAAGAACGCGGACUCCGCCGUGUUUGAGAAUCUCAUUGAGGGGCGCUUCAGACAUAAGAGUUGGUGUGGAUCUGUGGCACGUGCCGAUGUGCGGCAAAGACGGAGCCUUGCACCUCCUGGCACUUCGAGAGGAUGCCGAAGCCCAACGGGAACCUCCCCAAUGCGAAGAGCCACAUCCACGUCUUCCCGUCUCUCCACAGUCGAAUGCCGAAGCGGAUAGCCUUUCUGAGAGCAUGUCACAGAACUCUUCGGGUUCAUUGCUUCAAAGCUUUCCAGAGCUCUCAGACAUGACCCUUUGCGUGGACACCUCCAGCCGUUGGUUCGACGUGGAACAGGCACACCUGAGCUUCGUGCGUCAACCACAGUCCUCAGACAUGUCGAUGCCCUCCUUGCGCCGCCUGGUGCGUCCCACCGAUUGGGAGACGGUGCGGAGCAAGUUGAAGGAGGUCGCAGAAGGUGGCGAGUCGGAGACGCUGCGUCUGCGGCUACUGGACGAUGCCAAACGGUCGUUGAUUGCCCAAGUCCAAGUCUCUGCCUAUCGCCCGCCGCGAGGUAGUGAGGAUGGUGUGAAGCUUUGCUUGAACUUCACCGACUUGGUCUUCGAUGAAAAGGCACCGGGCAGCGCCCGGCACAGUCUGGGAUCCAUUGAGGAGUGA